CGUUCCACUCCAGAGGCGGCUGCUUCUCAGACGUUUUUGUAUUGCUCUUGCACCAUUUCGCUGGAGGCAUCUCCAUCAUGAUCACUCUUCAGCUGCUCCUCCUGCUUCUCGCCCUAAAGCCUCUGAAAAGUUUCAACAUCGACACCAGCAAGAGGUGGGUCUCCAUGUCUGCACCCCCUCACUUUGGACAGCGGGUUUUCCAGCACUCAGAUGGGCGACAGAGCUGGAUUUUAGCCACUUCCUUGGGGCCAGGUGAUUCUGGCAGGCUGUUUAAAUGCCAUCUGCAGGAUGAGAUCCGCUGUGAGGUGGCCAGCUUGGGAGAAAAAAUUCAGAAAUUGAAAAAGCUGCAGUCCGGGAUUGCUAUAGCCCAAAGCCCGGAACAAAUCCUGGUUUGUCUCCAGCACCGGCGGCGCCAGCGGCGCAGGGCCACAGAGGAGCUGAAUGGGCUUUGUGUCCUGCUUGCAGCUGGGUUCCAAGAGAAGGCGUUUAUCAACCUCACGGACAUCAUUGAAACCAAGCAGAACCAGGGGGGCCAGGAGCGAAAAAGAAGGGACGUUAGCAGCAAUGGAAUUGGCAGCGUCAACCGCAACCCUUUUAGUUUGGCUGCCAGCAGCAACUGCCAUCAACCAAGGGGGUCUCAUGUAUGCAGAGAUUCUACAGAUGGAAAUUUUGAGCUUGGCUACAAAACCCUUAAAGCUAACAACAACAAUAACAACAACAAUUACUACAUGGAGGAUGAAGAGGAGGAUGAAUCCUACCUGCGGACUGAAAUUGCCUUCGUCUUGGACGGCUCUGGGAGUAUCGACCCGCCGGACUUUGAACGGGCCAAGGAUUUCGUCUACAGCAUGAUGAAGACAUCCUACGAGAAGUGUUUUGAGUGUGUCUUUGCCUUGGUCCAGUAUGGAGAUAUUAUCCAGACGGAAUUUGACCUGCGGGAUGGCAAGUCCUCUUCUACUGCCUUAGAAAAAGUUAAAGCCAUGACUCAAGUGUGUAAAGUGACCCGGACAGCAUCUGCCAUCCAGCACGUCCUAGAUGCUAUCUUCAGCUCAAGCUAUGGGUCUGAGGAAAAUGCUGCCAAGAUCAUAGUUGUGCUGACAGAUGGCGUGAGUUUCAUGGACUCCUUGCAACUGGAAACAGUGAUCAAUUCGUCGAGGAUGGUGGGCAUCGAGCGUUAUGCCAUUGGGGUGGGGGAAGCCUUCGACAACGUUAAAGCGCUGCAAGAGCUGCACUUGAUCGCCUCCGACCCAGAUGAAAGACACAUCUUCCGUGUGACCAACUAUUCGGCCCUGAACGUAAUCCUGUCCACUCUGCAGCAGAAGAUCAUUGGCAUCGAAGGAACAGCGGGUGCCAUCUUGGAAUUUGAUCUGGCUCAAAGUGGCUUCAGUGUUCACCUCCCGGAUGAGCACUCUAUAUUUUUUGGCGCUGUGGGGGCAUUUGACUGGUCUGGAGGGGUUCUUCUGUAUGACACAGCAAGCGAGGCAGCGGUUUUCUUGAACGAAUCGAAGGAGGCUGCAGGUGCAAAUAAUGGCUAUUUGGGCUACAGCAUGGGUGCAGUCAAGACAGGACACAGCGCUCUGGUUGUAGCUGGGGCCCCCCGGCACAGCAUGACAGGAAAAGUAAUGGUCUUUGAAGGAGCCCAUUUAAAGCAAAUCCUCCCAGGGGAACAGAUUGGAUCCUACUACGGCUCUGAGCUCUGUCCGUUGGAUAUAGACCAGGAUGGGUUGACAGAUUACCUGCUUGUCGGAGCCCCUUUUUUCCACAUGCACGGAGAGGAAGGAAAGGUUUACCUUUAUCAUUUGGAUAAGGAGACUAACCUCUUUGCUUUGCAAGGGUUUCUGAGCGGCCAGCUUGGGACUCUUUUCUCCCGGUUUGGGUUUGCCAUUGCUGCCAUCGGGGACGUUGACCAGGAUGGUCUUGGGGAUGUUGCCAUUGGAGCACCACUCGAGGAUCAUGGAUCAAACCCUGCCUCUUUCGGCAGCGUUUACAUCUAUAAUGGUGCUAGAAAGGGGAUCCGGGAUCCCUUCUCCCAGAGGAUAACAGCCGCUGAAACUGGUCCGUCAGGGCUCAUGUAUUUUGGAAGGUCUGUGGCUGGUGGCUUGGACUUCACUGAGGAUGGCCUCCCAGAUAUUAUCAUCGGCUCAUUAGGCAAAGUUACUCUGCUCCGCUCCAGACCCGUUAUUCGACUGGAACCCACCAUGCAAUUUAGCCCAGGGAGAAUAUUCAAUUUCCACAACAGCAGCAUGGUCACUGCAAAACUGUGCUUCUAUCGGGGUUUCCUUCUUGAGACCGCACAGCCAGGGAUGGGCAACCUCCUGCUUCACUACACUGUGGAUUUAGAUGUUGAGAUGGAAAAGAAAAGAGCCCAGUUUGAAGACCAAACAGUCACCACCACCAGCAAGGUUGCCUAUGCAGAGAAUUCGUGUUAUGCACUGCAUCUGUACAUCCUGCCGUGCCGUUAUGACUGUUUCUCUAGCGUUGUCCUCCGCCUCGCUUACCAGCUCCACGGCCCCGAGGAAGACCUGGCUCACCCUGUGCCUAUGCUUGACAUAUACCAGGAAUCUGAAGUUUAUUUCCAGUUGCCGUUUGCAGAGGACUGCAGUGACAAAUCCGUCUGUGCGCCCUGCUUGAGCUUGGCCGUCGAAACGGAGAAGGAGCUGGUGGUUGGCUCCACCAAGGAACUGGCAAUGAACAUCCAUCUGGCAAACAGUGGUGACAACUCCCAUUUGACAUCUUUGGUUCUGCAGUAUCCUUCAAAUCUCCGUUUUACAGAUGUCCAAGAGAUUUCCUCUCCGACCAUUGACUGUGACACCUCUCAGCCAACCUCAGUUUCAUUCUCGUCUCUGCACUGCAAGGUUGGACAUCCUGUGUUCAAGAAAUCUACAGCCAAUUUUUCAGUGAUCUGGCAACUAGAUGGGAAGCCGUUCCCCACAAAUUUUGCUAACAUCACUCUUAGCAUUACCAACGCCAACAGAAACAGCACACCCCUGCGAGAGGAACAUUCCCUCGGUGUGAAAUACGCCUUCAUCGCCAUCCUCAGCAGGCCGCUUUCAACCGUAUAUGUGAGCGUGGGCGAAGGAGCCUCUCAGAGCACCCACUUCACAUUUAACAUCAACAGGAAGAACCAAUUUGGGACACAGCUUCAGUUGCUAAUCUGGGUCCCCGUCGUCACAGACAACCACCGGAUUGCAAGCAUAAAGAAUGCAGCGGGGAUGCAGAACACCACUGUGUGCAGAACUGAGAGUGUUUUGAGCCAGGACGUCUGGACAGAUCUUGGAUCCACAGACUCCAAGGACAGCGAGAGAGUCUCAUACCAGCUAGUCAACUGCAGCAUCACAUCAGAGAAGGAGGAUGUGGUUGUGACGGCAGAGCUACCUUUAGCUAAUUCCAUACAGAUCCUAAAAGACAGAACUGACUUGCUGGUUCGAGGGGAAAUUGAUUUCAACAGGAACCUUUAUGUGGGGCUGAAUGCAGAACAUCACAAAGCAGAGAUCAAGGUUAUCUUGUUGAAGGAGAAAGUGUUUGAUUUCGUUCCGGUCAUCGUUGGAAGCUCUGUCGGUGGCUUUGUCCUCUUGCUUCUCAUCAUUGUUGCCCUUUGUAAGUGUGGUUUUUUCAAAAGGAAUUACAAAGCUAUGAUGGAAGAGCAGCGUGACUCCUGAGGGCAAAACGGAGCAAGACAUUCUAGAACGGAAUUAUGGGUAAUCUCUCUUGAAACCGCGAGACAAAAUCAGAUUGGGACUCUUAAUUUUGUUCUUUUUAUUAAUGUUAUCCCAUUCUAUAGGCUGGGAUGGGAUCCUCCGUGUAAGUCUUGUGUUCUUGAAAGCAGCUGUUACAGAUCUAAUUUGGGGAUCUUGCAGGCUUUUGUUUUGCAAUCUAGUCCUCCACUUUGGGUUAGGCUACAGUCAUCUUGAGUUUGUGAUCGAUUUGUCCGUCCAAGUGUUCCUGCGCAUCAGAUACCUCGUUCAACAUUCCAUCUUAAGUCUGUCACCAGAUGCAGAGUCUGUGGUUUCACGAUCAGCCAAUGAUUUUCCUUCCCCCAGUCCCCCUUGCUCUGUUUUUACCAUCCAGCCUGAAUGACUGUAGAGCUCAAAAGCUUGCCUGCUAAUUUUCGUUGUCCUAAUAAAAGUAUUGCCCUAACGUG